AUGAAUUGGAACGCACCCAUAGUCCCUCCAUGGUGUCCUGGUCCUCCUGCUGGUGGGACGUCCCUCAGAGGGAGGCGUCCAUCAGAUAAAGAUGAUCCUCCUCAGCUGACUCCUCUGGAGGAGAAGCAGCUCUACUCUGACCCUCUCUCUGAGGGAGAGCCCAGCCUCCUGCAGAGGCCUCCUGGAUCCAGGAUCUGGUUCUUUGGGUCCUGGUCCAGAUUAGUGACCAUGGAGCAGCGUCUGGAUUAUAGCAGCAGCACCGAUCCAUCUGUGGAUCUCCACCUGGAUGCCUUCUCCAGAUCCAUGAAGACCGCUCAGCUGAAGGUGGUGAGGGAGCAGACACAGGGAGGUCUCCCUGCACCAGUUACUAACACAUUCCAGGAUUUACAGCCAGGAGGAAGAUUGGAGAUCCUGGAGGUGGAUGGGACCUUCAUCCACCAGUCUGCAGCAGCUGGACCUCCUACCUCUAUCGCCUCAGCAGGGAUUGCUGCUGAUCCUGGACCUCCUACCUCUAUCGCCUCAGCAGGGAUUGCUGCUGAUCCUGGACCUCCUACCUCUAUCGCCUCAGCAGGGAUUGCUUCUGAUCCUGGACCUCCUACCUCUAUCGCCUCAGCAGGGAUUGCUGCUGAUCCUGGACCUCCUACCUCUAACACCUCAGCAGGGAUUGCUGCUGAUCCUGGACCUCCUACCUCUAUCGCCUCAGCAGGGAUUGCUCCUGAUCCUGGACCUCCUACCUCUAACGCCUCAGCAGGGAUUGCUGCUGAUCCUGGACCUCCUACCUCUAUCACCUCAGCAGGGAUUACUGCUGAUCCUGGACCUCCUACCUCUAUCACCUCAGCAGGGAUUGCUGCUGAUCCUGGACCUCCUACCUCUAUCGCCUCAGCAGGGAUUGCUGCUGAUCCUGGACCGCCUACCUCUAUCACCUAUGCAGGGAUUGCUGCUGAUCCUGGACCGCCUACCUCUAUCACCUCAGCAGGGAUUGCUCCUGAUCCUGGACCUCCUACCUCUAUCACCUCAGCAGGGAUUGCUGCUGAUCCUGGACCUCCUACCUCUAUCACCUCAGCAGGGAUUACUGCUGAUCCUGGACCUCCUACCUCUAUCGCCUCAGCAGGGAUUGCUCCUGAUCCUGGACCUCCUACCUCUAACGCCUCAGCAGGGAUUGCUGCUGAUCCUGGACCUCCUACCUCUAUCACCUCAGCAGGGAUUGCUGCUGAUCCUGGACCUCCUACCUCUAUCGCCUCAGCAGGGAUUGCUCCUGAUCCUGGACCUCCUACCUCUAACGCCUCAGCAGGGAUUGCUGCUGAUCCUGGACCUCCUACCUCUAACACCUCAGCAGGGAUUGCUGCUGAUCCUGGACCUCCUACCUCUAUCGCCUCAGCAGGGAUUGCUCCUGAUCCUGGACCUCCUACCUCUAUCACCUCAGCAGGGAUUGCUCCUGAUCCUGGACCUCCUACCUCUAUCACCUCAGCAGGUAUUGCUGCUGAUCCUGGACCUCCUACCUCUAUCGCCUCAGCAGGGAUUGCUCCUGAUCCUGGACCUCCUACCUCUAUCGCCUCAGCAGGGAUUGCUCCUGAUCCUGGACCUCCUACCUCUAUCACCUCAGCAGGGAUUGCUGCUGAUCCUGGACCUCCUACCUCUAAUGCCUCAGCAGGGAUUGCUGCUGAUCCUGGACCUCCUACCUCUAUCACCUCAGCAGGUAUUGCUGCUGAUCCUGGACCUCCUACCUCUAUCGCCUCAGCAGGGAUUGCUCCUGAUCCUGGACCUCCUACCUCUAUCGCCUCAGCAGGGAUUGCUCCUGAUCCUGGACCUCCUACCUCUAUCACCUCAGCAGGGAUUGCUGCUGAUCCUGGACCUCCUACCUCUAUCGCCUCAGCAGGGAUUGCUCCUGAUCCUGGACCUCCUACCUCUAUCACCUCAGCAGGGAUUGCUGCUGAUCCUGGACCUCCUACCUCUAUCACCUCAGCAGGGAUUGCUCCUGAUCCUGGACCUCCUACCUCUAUCACCUCAGCAGGGAUUGCUGCUGAUCCUGGACCUCCUACCUCUAUCGCCUCAGCAGGGAUUGCUCCUGAUCCUGGACCUCCUACCUCUAUCGCCUCAGCAGGGAUUGCUCCUGAUCCUGGACCUCCUACCUCUAUCACCUCAGCAGGGAUUGCUGCUGAUCCUGGACCUCCUACCUCUAUCGCCUCAGCAGGGAUUGCUCCUGAUCCUGGACCUCCUACCUCUAUCACCUCAGCAGGGAUUGCUGCUGAUCCUGGACCUCCUACCUCUAUCACCUCAGCAGGGAUUGCUCCUGAUCCUGGACCUCCUACCUCUAUCACCUCAGCAGGGAUUGCUGCUGAUCCUGGACCUCCUACCUCUAUCGCCUCAGCAGGGAUUGCUGCUGAUCCUGGACCGCCUACCUCUAUCACCUAUGCAGGGAUUGCUGCUGAUCCUGGACCGCCUACCUCUAUCACCUCAGCAGGGAUUGCUCCUGAUCCUGGACCUCCUACCUCUAUCGCCUCAGCAGGGAUUGCUCCUGAUCCUGGACCUCCUACCUCUAUCACCUCAGCAGGGAUUGCUGCUGAUCCUGGACCUCCUACCUCUAUCACCUAUGCAGGGAUUGCUGCUGAUCCUGGACCGCCUACCUCUAUCACCUAUGCAGGGAUUGCUGCUGAUCCUGGACCGCCUACCUCUAUCACCUAUGCAGGGAUUGCUGCUGAUCCUGGACCUCCUACCUCUAUCGCCUCAGCAGGGAUUGCUGCUGAUCCUGGACCUCCUACCUCUAUCGCCUCAGCAGGGAUUGCUGCUGAUCCUGGACCUCCUACAUCUAUCGCCUCAGCAGGGAUUGCUGCUGAUCCUGGACCGCCUACCUCUAUCACCUCAGCAGGGAUUGCUGCUGAUCCUGGACCGCCUACCUCUAUCACCUCAGCAGGGAUUGCUGCUGAUCCUGGACCUCCUACCUCUAUCGCCUCAGCAGGGAUUGCUGCUGAUCCUGGACCGCCUACCUCUAUCACCUAUGCAGGGAUUGCUGCUGAUCCUGGACCGCCUACCUCUAUCACCUCAGCAGGGAUUGCUGCUGAUCCUGGACCUCCUACCUCUAUCACCUCAUCAGGGAUUGCUGCUGAUCCUGGACCUCCUACCUCCAACACCUCAGCAGGGAUUGCUGCUGAUCCUGGACCUCCUACCUCUAUCGCCUCAGCAGGGAUUGCUGCUGAUCCUGGACCUCCUACAUCUAUCGCCUCAGCAGGGAUUGCUGCUGAUCCUGGACCGCCUACCUCUAUCACCUCAGCAGGGAUUGCUGCUGAUCCUGGACCUCCUACCUCUAUCACCUCAGCAGGGAUUGCUGCUGAUCCUGGACCUCCUACCUCUAUCGCCUCAGCAGGGAUUGCUGCUGAUCCUGGACCGCCUACCUCUAUCACCUAUGCAGGGAUUGCUGCUGAUCCUGGACCGCCUACCUCUAUCACCUAUGCAGGGAUUGCUGCUGAUCCUGGACCGCCUACCUCUAUCACCUCAGCAGGGAUUGCUGCUGAUCCUGGACCGCCUACCUCUAUCACCUCAGCAGGGAUUGCUGCUGAUCCUGGACCUCCUACCUCUAUCACCUCAUCAGGGAUUGCUGCUGAUCCUGGACCUCCUACCUCCAACACCUCAGCAGGGAUUGCUGCUGAUCCUGGACCUCCUACCUCUAUCACCUCAGCAGGGAUUGCUGCUGAUCCUGGACCUCCUACCUAA